UUUUACAGUCACCGACCAAAAUAUUAAGUCUCAAUUUUCGUAAUAAGCUUCAAAGUCUCGUCAGAAUAAAUUCGAGUGGAAAAGUCGAGAAUAUAUAGUUUGAAUGUGAAUUUUCACUUGAUUAGAGAGCAGAAAGAAAGGUUUUAAUAAUGUUACGUGUAGGAAGACUAUCCAAGAGUUUCUCAAUUGCUUUAAAUCUAUCAAGACAAAAUGUUACAAGGAAUUUUCGAUCAAAUCUACAAUUGAAUAAUAAAAUUCAUGUUUUGGGACAAUCUAAUUUAAUUGCUCAGCGAUGUCAAGUGGCUGCAAUAGCUCAAUGUCGCUUAUUUUCAACGAAAAAGGAUGAGGAUGUUCCAAUCGAGGAAGUUGUUGAAGAAGUUGAUGCACCGACCGAUUUUCUACAUACAAAUUUACCAACUACUGUAGCAAUUCCAGAAGUUUGGCCUUAUUUGCCAUGCAUAGCUGUCAAUAGGAACCCUGUUUUUCCUCGUUUUAUGAAGAUCUUGGAGUUCUCUGAUCCAGUACUUAUGGAUCUUAUAAGAAGAAAAGUUCGAUUGAAUCAGCCAUAUGUUGGAAUUUUCUUAAAACGUGAUGAUGACAAUAAGAAUGAUUUAGUCCAGAAUGUAUCAGAUGUCUAUAGCAUUGGAACCUUCGCACAAAUACAAGAAAUGCAAGAUUUAGGCGAUAAAUUGAGACUAGUCGUUACAGCACAUCGUAGAAUUAAAGUCAUGGGUCAGCUUAUUGAGGAACUUGAUGAGGAAGCAGUUAAAGAAACGAAAAUUAAAUUUCCACUGUUCAAUGCGACAAUGUCUGUCUCACCAGAUGAAUCUGAUGCGGACAAAAGACGUCGAAAACAUCGAUUGACUCGUUUGGCUACAAAGAAAAUUACCCCAAAUGAAAGCACUGACAAGGAUGUCCCAUCAGAAGAAGCUAAAACUGCAAAGAAGCCACAAAUACUUUAUUCUGAUAAUGAUGUUCAGGCACUUUUGAUGGUUGAAGUCGAAAACAUCCAGCACGAAGCGUUCAAACAAACCCAGGAAGUUAAAGCACUAACCCAAGAAGUCAUCAAGACGAUUCGUGAUAUAAUAACUAUGAAUCCACUCUAUAGAGAAAGUCUUCAGCAAAUGUUGCAUCAAAAUCAACGAGUCGUUGACAAUCCAGUUUAUUUGUGCGAUUUGGGUGCUUCCUUAUCAGCAGCUGAUCCACCAGAAUUACAAGCAAUUAUGGAAGAAAUGGAUAUACCAAAAAGAUUAAUGCUUUCUCUUUCCUUGCUUAAAAAGGAACUAGAGUUGUCUAAAUUACAAGCAAAGAUUGGAAAGGAAGUAGAAGAAAAGGUUAAGCAACAACAUCGAAAGUAUAUCCUUCAAGAACAAUUGAAAGUAAUUAAGAAGGAAUUGGGAAUCGAAAAGGAUGAUAAGGAUGCAAUUGGUGAAAAAUACAGAGAGAGAUUGAAGGAAAAAGUCGUACCAAAACAUGUUAUGGAAGUUAUUGAAGAGGAAUUAACAAAAUUAAAUUUCCUAGAAAACAGCAGCUCUGAAUUUAAUGUGACUAGAAACUAUCUUGAUUGGCUUACUUUAAUGCCGUGGGGUGUCAGAAGUGAAGAGAAUUUGGAUAUUGAUCGAGCAACUGAAAUCCUUGACAAUGAUCAUUAUGGAAUGGAAGAUAUAAAGAAGAGAAUUCUCGAAUUUAUUGCUGUAAGUCAAUUAAAAGGUUCAACUCAAGGAAAGAUUUUAUGCUUCUAUGGACCACCUGGCGUUGGAAAGACUUCUAUAGCUAGAAGUAUUGCUAGAGCUUUAAAUAGAGAAUAUUUUAGAUUCAGUGUUGGUGGAAUGACUGAUGUAGCUGAGAUUAAGGGUCAUAGAAGAACAUAUGUAGGCGCUAUGCCUGGAAAAUUAAUUCAAUGUUUGAAAAAGACGAAAACUGAGAAUCCACUCGUCUUAAUUGAUGAAGUCGAUAAGAUUGGUAAAGGAUAUCAAGGAGAUCCAAGCAGUGCUUUAUUAGAAUUACUAGAUCCAGAACAAAAUGCUAACUUCCUCGAUCAUUACCUUGACAUCCCAGUUGAUUUUUCAAAAGUUCUCUUUAUUUGUACAGCAAAUGUUAUUGACACAAUUCCCGAACCUUUAAGAGAUCGCAUGGAAAUGAUUGAAAUGUCAGGAUAUGUGGCUGAAGAGAAAUUAGCAAUUGCCAAACAAUAUUUGAUUCCACAAGCACAAAAGGAUUGCGGUGUAACUGAUGAAGGUAUCGCCAUUCAAGAUUCAGCUUUGGGAACAUUGAUCAAAAGCUAUUGUCGCGAAUCAGGAGUUAGAAAUCUUCAGAAGCACAUAGAAAAGCUGAUUAGAAAAGUAGCAUUCAAAUUGGUCAAGAAGGAAUGUGAGAAAUUCGAAAUAACUGAUGAGAAUCUACAAAAGUUUGUUGGCAAGCAGAUCUUUACACAUGAAAGGAUGUAUGAUGAAACACAGCCUGGAGUCGUUAUGGGCUUAGCAUGGACAGCUAUGGGAGGAUCUACAUUAUAUAUUGAAACUGCAAGAAGAAAAUUAAUCGACUCAAAUAAAAAAGGAGAACCAGCUGUUGGUAGUUUAGAAGUUACGGGUAAUUUAGGUGAUGUUAUGAAAGAAUCAUCAAGAAUUGCAUUAACAGUCGCAAGAAACUUUGUACAUCAAGCUGAUUUAACAAAUAGCUUCCUUGAAACAUCACAUUUGCAUUUACAUGUUCCAGAAGGAGCUACACCUAAAGAUGGACCAUCUGCAGGAGUUACAAUAGUCACAGCUCUUCUUUCAUUGGCACUAGAUAAGCCAGUUAAAAAAGAUUUAGCGAUGACUGGUGAAAUUUCAUUAACAGGAAAAGUGUUACCAGUUGGUGGCAUCAAGGAGAAGACAAUAGCUGCAAAACGAAGCAAUGUCAAGACUUUAAUACUCCCUGACGAGAACAAGAAAGACUAUGACGAUUUACCAAAGUUCAUAACUGAAGGACUUGAAGUUCAUUUCGUUAGUACAUAUAAAGAAGUCUAUGAAUUAGUGUUUUAAACUGCUAGAUAGCUUAACACAUAAUGUCCCUAAAUGCGAUUAGAAUAUUAGAAAUAAAUGGAUUUAUUAAAGUAUGUUAAUUAGAGUUUAUUGAAUUUUUCUUGUAAAUAAAGAUAAAAAAAUAACGGAAACAAGACUCUAUCGGGUAGAAUCCCAAUGUGGAUAUAUUCACACCGUACCAUCGAAAGUUUUGUGGAAAGACUAGUUCAGCACAUGUUUGAAGGUUUAAAGCUUGACAAGUCAGCUGAGUUUCGUUCAUCAUAUGUUUGAAGGUAUAAAGCUAGACGGGACUCACACUUGAGUACGGUGUGAAUAUAAAAAUUCAAAAUUU